UUUAUUAUCGAGCUUCCUCCUUGAUACGUACUUAUGUGAUGGAUAUAGAAACAACUUAAACCAUUCACAGAUAAGAGAAAAAAACGACACAUGAGAAAAAAACCCGGUUAAAGUAAGGGAUAAAAGGAAUGUUUCAUUGAUAUCUGUUCAUGGCAAUUUUUUAUUGAGAUAUAAAGGACAAAUUAAGAGACUUCAAGGAAAUGAAGAUCGCUUUUAAAUUAGCACUGUCAUUAGCCGUAAUGGGCCUAGUACCAGAAAUCGACGCAGGUUGUUGUCAAAACGGCUGGAUACAAUAUGAAGAUCAUUGCUACUAUAUCGGUUAUGAGACCCGUCUAACAUUUGCUGGAGCAUGGUUAUUCUGCUCCAGUUAUGGUGCUUACCUUGUGCGACUUUACACAUUUGCUGAAUACGAGUUCUUGAGAGGCUUUUUAAAGAAGACUCAAGCAAUUACUCCAUGGAUUGGAUUGACUGACAAGGCCUAUGAAGGACUAUGGAGAUGGUAUGGCACAGGGACCCACGCUACAUUCUCUGACUGGGGUCCUGGAGAACCCAAUAAUAAUGGCAAUGAAGAUUGUGUACAAUUAUAUUCAGGCUAUGACUACAGGUGGAACGAUACGCCAUGUCAUGGACAACUUACACCACUGUGUGAAAAAGACUCAAUAUAAAAAACUCAAGAAGAUAUUGCUAUGCUUACUUAUCAUUAUCACAUUUUAUAAACCGUGAUGUUAGCCUUUUUU